CUGGCUCCUUUCAGACGAUUCGGUCCCCCGCGCCCGCAUCCUCACAACCGCACGAGUCUACUGCGAUACAUAUUCCCGCGGACGCUUCGAGAUCGAUACCGCGAGCGCGUCCUCGACUUCAGGCUCGACACCCUCCCCCAGCUCAAACACCGCCUUCAGUCUCGCAUCUACCGUUACAUCCUCGAGCGUCAGCGCAAACGGAACGAGAAGUCGAGGCUCCUCGACGUCUUUCGGCGGCAGAGUCGCCGGCUGCUCUUGGGUCCGCCCCCAGCCAGGCCGGCGCGGCAUGCGAGGGGAGGACAGACGAGCAAGAAGAUGCCGUCUUGGUCGGAUUACACGGGCUACGGAGGUGGAGCGGCGAGCGGUGCGAAUGGGAAUGGCAACGACGAUGGGUACGGCGAGAGAGGGUCACGUAGGAAAUGGCUGGCGGCCAAGGCGGGCAGCGUGUACCGGGCUGGCGCGGUCGCCAUGAACGAGAUAAAAGAAGGAUACGCGCAGACGAGGGUACGGUCGCUCGAAACGGAAGAUGGCAUGGCGCGGACGACGAUCCCUGGGUCGUUUCCGGGUGUUGCGAUCACGGUGCAGGGCGACGACCAGAUGGUCAUCUUCCCUUCGUAUGCGAAGAGACACACGAAACAAGACUGGGGCGAUGGUGAUGAGUACUUCUCGCAGGACCCGCAUGGGAGCAUUCGAGACCCCGAUUACUGGAGGAAAGAGUGGGAGCGCAACGAGGAUGAAAGGGCCAUCGUCGAUAUCGACGUGCGAGGAUGGGUCUACUCGCCGCACAAAGGGCCCAUGACGAGACGCAAUCGCAUCCUCAUCGGCCUCGCACGACAACUGAGCGGCAUCCCGGCCCCGAGACAAGAUGCACCCGCUGCUGAUACCUUGGGAGCACUGCACCAGUCUCACGAAGAACGGAGGGAGCAGGAGAAGAUUGCCAAAGAGGCGGCGGAGAUCGAGAAGAGGGGCCAGGAGGAGAGGCGUGUGGCGAACCAAGGUGGCUUUAGUGAGCCUGCGAGAGAGGACGACGACGACGAUGCCGGCAGCAUAUACCCAGCGAGAUCGAGGUCCCGCAGCGGCACGCGGACGCCGGCGACGACCCCGGGAUCUCCCAAGAUGCCGGCCAGGCAGUACACGACGGGCGGUGAAAUGUCGGACGCCGAGUUAUCCGUCGCAAACGCCAACCUCAUGGCCAGGAUAGCACCGUUCAUGACGACGCCGCUGGUUCAGCUGCCCAUUACCAUUUUCUUUUACAACGAUGAGAAGUCGGCAUCGCGGACGGUGCAAACGAACGACGCAGGGCACUUCAUCAUCCGCGCCGCCCUCGAUUUCGUCCCCACGCACGUUCGCGUUCUGGCGAAUGAGAGUCUGUCGGCGACUCAGGAGGUCAAGAUCAUUGAGCCGAAGGGUGUCAGUCUGAUCAGUGACAUCGACGACACCAUCAAGCGGUCCAACAUCUCGGGUGGUGCCAAGGAAAUCUUCCGCAACACAUUUAUCCGUGAGCUCAAGGACCUGACGAUUGAGGGCGUGCGGGAGUGGUAUAAUGAGCUGCACGCGAUGGGCGUGAGCAUUCACUACUGCUCCAAUAGCCCGUGGCAGCUGUUCCCGGUUCUAGCGAGCUACUUCAUGAUUGCGGGCCUGCCUCCUGGGUCGCUUCAUCUGAAGCAGUACAGCGGCAUGCUCCAGGGCAUCUUCGAGCCGGUGGCUGAAAGGAAGAAGAGCACGCUCACCAGAUUGAUGAAGGACUUCCCAGAGCGCAAGUUCCUGCUGGUGGGCGACAGUGGUGAGGCAGACCUGGAGGUGUACACGGAGUUGGUCGAUUCGCACCCCGGACGCAUCAUCGCGGUCUUCAUCCGGGAUGUCACGACCCCUGAACAGAGCGGCUACUUCGACUCGUCCUUUGAGGGCAAUCCUGCGCGUCAGAAAGCUCCCACGAUUCGUCUUCAAGACAGGAGUGACGAACCCGUCAACAGACCCAGGCUCCCUUCACGGGGCGAAGCUAAGAGCGUCGGACCCGUCAUGGGCAACCUGAUUGACUUCUCCGACGAGCCGGAAGAGACCACCCUGGACGAUGCGGCGGCGCUCGCCCAGCUCAAAGCACAAGCAAAGCCAAACGCGAGCGCAAGCACUACGGAUUUGGCCAUCCGGAAGCCCCCUCCGCCUCGUCCCAACAAGCCAGCAGCCCUCCGCAGCGCGCCUUCGGAUACAAAGGUGCCCACAACGGGGUCAAAUGGCGGCACUCCGCCUCCGCCCGUGCCGCGGUCGAGGAAGCCAUCCGCUGAUCGAUCGGCACCCCAUCCGCUAUCGCAAAUACACAACGCUUCCCAACAAACGGUGGCCAGCACCAGCAGCCAACCGAGCAGCGGCAAGAUCCCCGCCAGGACGUCUCCCGCCGACAUGAGCAAGGCGUUCAAGGUCCCGCCGCCGCCGCCACCCCCUCGGCGCCGGGAUACCCCGUCCAGCUCCCGCAGCCUCAGCCCGCGGACCAUCAACCGGCAGAGACUCUCGAGCAACGACGACAUCGACUUCGACGCCCUGCCGCCGUCCUCCUCGGGCCCCCAGCAGCCGCCGGCGUUCGCCAGGACCAAGACCGGCAGCCUGAAGUCGGGGGCCACGUCGCCGACGGUGGGCUCGCCGACGCUGGGGCCGACGUACCCCAACCGGAAGCACGAGCUGUGGAUGCGCCGGCUGCAGCGGGCGCAGGAGGUCCUGGAGCACCACGGCGUGGCGCUGUACACUUGGAGGAGGGGCGACGACGUGGUCGCGGAGGCCGUGGGUAUGGUGAGGGAGGAACUGAAAAGAGUGGGAGUCGGGGAGAAGGAUGCCCGGACGGAGGGGAAGAGGUUUGAGAGGCAGUUGAAGAGGGAGCAACAGCAGCAGCAGCAGCAGCAGUCGAGGAGGUGA